ACUUUGUAUCAUCAUCUACACUCGGCAUCAUCUAUACUCGACAUUACCGUCUACCUUGGCCAAAACUAUUCUCGAACAACGCCAUCUAGAAACAUAACAUCACCAUGUCCAACACCAGUCUGCUGACGUUUCUGCUCCGGAACGGCCCCGAGACCAGCAUGGCAACCUCCACGGCGCCCUACGAGUCCCACCAGGCGCUGCUCCGCGCGGCCUCCAACGUCGGGAACACGGACUCGUGGUGGCACCUCCAGGAGGGCGAGGACCCGGCCGCGCGCCCGCAGCGGCUGGUCAGGGGCAUCCGCGCCUUCAUCCGCGCGGAGCCGGAGCUGGCCGACUCCGUCUUCCGGGACCUCGAGCCCGCGUACCUCCUCGUCCUGUCGCUAAGCCGCGUCCUCGUCUCUAGCGAUUACGAAUCGGUCGGGCCCGCCCUCCGCCUCUUUGACCAGCUCCAGCUCACCCUGCUCAUCCACGAGUCGGCGUCGCGCGGCGUCCCCGAGGAGCUGAAGUCGAUCCUGUGUCGGUGCGGGCAGCAGCAGCAAGCGUGCGAGCACUGGCCUCACCCUGCUUCCAUCAUCCACGAGGAGCCGUCGCGCGCCCUCCCCGAGGAGCUGCAGUCGAUCCCAUGUCGGUGCGGGCAGCAGCAGCAAACGUGCGAGCACUGGCGUCAGGUGUUGGAUUGUAUGCCUUGCCAACCCCCCCUCUUGUGUUGA